UUGACAGUAAAGGCCUAUUCACUAUGUGGCCCUAUAUGUAAUAGGGACUUCUCUUGUUUAUAUAAACUAUUCGGGGUUGCGGGUAGGCGCACCUUUUUGGUGAUUCCAGUGACUUUCCGCGUUGCAAUGGAUGACGGAUUCAAGCAAUUCAAACAGAAUGCUUCCAGUUUUUUAAGCAGGACUUUACAGGUAAUGGAUUCAUACUUCAUGUUAAGGGUUGCUAGAAAACUGAAGAAGUAUUCAAAACAACUGAAAAGACACCUUUGGAUCCCCACCUAGAAGACCUUAUUAAGCAAUGUGAAAUGCGUCAAGCAUGGACACAAAGUCUCAUUACCUUGGUAGAGGCAGUAAUACAGCCCAAUCUGGCCAACCGAGUGGAAGACAUGGUUUUGAAGGGACUGGAUCGCAAGAAGGAGAGGACUCCGGUCGAAGAGCAGUUUGGCGAUAGUUUGGUUCGCAUCGGAAAAGAGUUGGGGCAGAGCAGCCCAAACGCUAGCGCCAUGAUCAAGUGCGGCCAAGCUCAAGCCCUCCUUGGGAAGGCUGCUCGUACUAUGCAAGAAGGCAUCGAGUGCUCCUAUCUUGAGUGGCUUCGAAACUUCCUGAAAAGCAGUGUUCGAGUCGCUUCUCAAGAGCGAGAUAACCUGGACAACCUUCGUCUGGAUUUGGACAGAGCCAAGACCCUAUUGAAACGCGCCAAGGACGACGCAGCCAAAAAGCAGGCUUGCGAACAGCAAGUUUCCGAGGCCCAAACUCUGUUCGAUCGUCAGUGCGAAGCCACCAAACGGGUGUUGGAAAAAUGUAUUUCGGAUUUUCAUAAUGGAUAGCCGACCGCCUUUCCCUCAUCUUUCACAUUUCGUUUACUUCCAUCCUUAAUAUAAGCCAACUGUGAAACGUGGUUCCUACGGGAUCAAGCUUUUUAGUUUCUUCUCUGUGGUACAUCGGAUUUGUGAACCUUUUUUAUACUCUCUUGAGUUCUUUUUUCAUCUGUAACCAGGGUGUUUGGUUAAGAUUACUACAAGGCGGAUGGUCGAUGAAAUUAUAAUAUUUAUUGACUACAAUUUCUUCCUUGUCUUUGAUACAAAUUCCUUUAAAUAACAGUAAUGACGAG